AUGGGCCUCGGCCGGAUGGCCUUCCAGAUCUCGAACAACAUGCGGACGGUGCUCGUCUUCCUCAAAUUUCUCGGCUUCUUCCCCGGCUUCGUAAGGGAGAGGAAGCGGACCGAGCACAGGUAUAUUGUGGUAGGUUGUUCUACUACUCCUGUGGUGGGGGAGGGGGUGCAACGUAGAUGUGAGGGUUGGAAAUGGUAGGGUAGAGUAAGUUAGAGUUGAAAAAGAGGAGGGAGGUGCAAAAAAGGGCAAGCAAUUUUUGUUUAGUAAAAUACGGUGUAGAUGCAAAAUUCUUUAAAAAAACGUUGCGGUAGUGCUAGUAAGUACCAAAUGGUAAAAAUCUGUUAGUAUUUGAUAAGCACUUGUAUGAGCAACAUAUCUAAUUAAAAAUUGACAAUUUUAAACUUUUUUCAGCUAUUUUAUACUAAAAAAUGUUUUACAUUACCUAUGAGGACCGUUGAACCUACUGGUAUAAAAAAGGUCAUAACUUACUACCGUAUAUUAUAAAAGGGUAAAUUUUGAUAAAUCAACGUGAAAUUUAAAAUUUAAACGGAAAAAUGAAUGUCAAAUUUAAAUACAAAUACAACUUUUUUAAAAUAGUACACUUGGUACACUAAAAUGCUUUUUGAUUGCAAAAAUACCGUAUAUUAUCAUUGACAACUUUUGGACCUUGUAAUGAAGAAAAGCUCAUAACUAAUGUCAAAUUUAGAUUAUCUGAAUUGAAAUUUUGGAGUUAGGUAGCUUUUUUAAUGUCACACCACAUGGAAAACCAAUUUUUUAAUAGUAGUACUUUUAAUACCAAAAAAUUGAUUUUAUGUAGCACCUCUAACUAACCCAAAUAUUAUUCCAGCUCCGCCUAACUGCCUAUGCCCUAACCCUAUUCGGAAUCCUGCUCAAUCUCUACUUCUUCAAAGCCAAUGUGGCAAUGACGUUCCGUUAUCACAAACAUUUUGGUUUCCUUCAUGCUACUACCGUAUCAACCAUUAUCACAGGCAUCAAGCCCUUCAUUAACGCCAUGUUACUAUUCUUAAUGGUACUGCGUCUCAAGUCACAUAUCAAAAUGUUGCGAAUGAUGGAUAAUGUGGAUCAGAUCUUCAAGAAAUCGUUUGGUAAAUCACCUCCCAUUCGCCGUUACAACAAGAUUUUCGGCGGAAUUGUUUUGUUUUUUGUUGUACUGCCAUUGACAUAUCGGAUAUUUGAAUCGAUUUGGAUGGAUAUUCAUUCUAGACACAAGCGGUAGGUUUGAACUUUAAAAUUUAGGUUCGGAAAACGUUUUUAGGUUAUAUAAUAUUAGUUAAAGUAUUUUAAAAAGAUUUUCGAGAAAGUUCCCUGAUUUUCAGGGUUUUCGUGGUGGGACCCAUAAUAGUAAAAAAAAUUUAAAAACUUUUAAAAAUAAUUUUUUGUAGUACUCGCUGUCAUCAUGUAAAAUCAACUUUUAAAGCAUUUUUCUUAAUUCCCUUGGUUUUUAAAGUUUUCGUGGUGGGACCUAAAAUUUGUAAAAAAAUUUAAAAAUGUUUUAUAUACGUUUAAACGUGUUGAAUACACGCUGACAAACUUUUGUGAACUAGUAUUAAUGUCUUUUGCUAAGCUUCUUUGAUUUUCAGGGUUUUCGUUCUGGGGCUCAAAAUUACAAAAAUCAAAAUCAUAAAAUUUAAUUAAAAAAAAAUCUUCUGAUCGUAUUUUACAAUAUUUAAUUUCCAGAACGCUAUCAGAAUGGUUGACGGAUGUUUCGUUUAUUUUGGUACCGCUUUUGACUGCCUGGAACAUGAUUCCUCUCUUUUACUAUGUAUUCUGCAAUCGUGUCGUGUGUUACUGGUGUAAAACGCUGAAGAAGUGCAUUCAAAAAGAGCAUUUUAAACGUCAAUUUAGUUUGAAGUUUUAUUAUGAACAGUUUUUGAGGAUAACAGCACUUCAGGUAAGGGAGGAGGCGGAAUGCCAAAGUUGGCGGGAAAAUUUUAAUUUAAAUUUGUAUGAUAUUUUUAAUGUUUAAAUGGUUUAAAAACAUUAGAAAAUGUUCUAAAUGUAAUUCUAACUUGUUUCUAACUUAAUUUAAAGGCUGGAAACAGAAUGCCAAAUUUGGCGGGAAAAUAAUAAUUUGAAAUUUUUUGCUUUAAAAGUGCUUAAGAGUAGCAUAGACUUAUUACUACAAAGUUUAUAUUGUUUUUUAAUUUAUUUAAGGCCUUAAAACAGAAUGCCAAAAUUGGCGGGAUUUUAAAAAUUAAAACUUUAAAGCUUAAAAAUAAGAGUUAAGUCACAACUUAUAAAAAAUUAAACAACUUUAAUCUUUCGUAUUUUAGAAAGCAAUUGGCAGUGUUUUUAAUCCAAUUGUGUUCUUCUCGUUAGCAUGGUCAUUACUUAUGCUCAGUCUCACUAUCUACUUUAUUACUCAACCGGCCUCAAGGUAUGUUUGUAAAGAAAGUUCUUGCGGUUUUUUGAUUUGUAAAAAAAGUUCUUGCCGUUUUUGUUUUGUAAAGAAAGUUUUUGCAAUUUUUUGUUUUGUAAAGAAAGUUCUUGCUGUUUUUUGUUUUGUAAAAAAAGUUAUUGCAAAUUAUGUUAUAUUAAAUUUUAGGCUAGCCGAGCCUAUAACAGUUCAACAAAUUAGCAGUGAGCGUGCCAGAAAAGAGCUGACAGAACGAGUCUACAUCAACCUUGGUUGGUCAGCUAUUCAAAUUACUGUAGCUAUAAUUCACAUCAUUUUCAUAUGUGCUACAGGCUUGAAGACGAAUGAAGAAACGAGAAAAAUCAUCAAUGCCGUUUUAGCCAUCGUUCCAGAUUCUAACGCGGAUUUGGAUCGGUUUCAGGUAAAAUUUCAAUUUUGAACUUUGAAUUAAACCAGCUCAUGUCUUCUACACGUAUUUUACAAAUUAUUUUUAAAAAAUAAAAAAUGCUUUGCACUGUGCAAUAUAAAUCUCAUUGCACAGUGCACGAUAAACUUUUCUUCAUAAUCUUUAAAUUUUUUGUUGAUCUUUUUUAAAAAUAACUUUAAAUUUAAAUAAAUGACAUUAUUUAUCAAUAUAUGACAUUUUAUACAUCAUCCAUAUUUCAAAAUUACCAAAAAAUCACAUUUUAUUUUUGCACCGUGCAGUAAUUUAGCGGCUGCACUGUGCGCCUUAUGUAAUUUCCACUGUUGCACUGUGCAAUGAAUAAGUGUCUGCACAGUGCAAAUUUUAAGGGCCUUGUUUUGGCAAAUAUGAGUUUAAAAGUGGCAGAAAAUGAUUUUUUAGGGUUGUGUAAAAUUGUGUUUUAUUAAAAAAUUGUGUUUUAGAUUUCCUGUUUUGUCCACAAAAUGUCCACGCAGUACAUGUGGGGAAUGACCGUUUGGAGGGCGUUUCCACUGGAACGUACGACUUUUUUCACGGUAAGAAUGGCCGGGGGAGGUAAAAUACGGUGACUUGUUUAUGUUAUGUGAUAGUUUAAUAUUUUUUCAAAUUUUUAAAAAUUUUGAAAUUUCAAAAUUUUUUUUUGAUAUUUAAGUUAAAACUAAUUUUUACAGUAAAUAUGUUACUGUAAUUGUACUAAAAAUUGCCAUUUUAGCUGGUCAGUGUUAUGUUCACAUAUUCAUUUCUAUUGCUCAAACUUAAAGACAAUCCGGCCGUCAGUCCCAUCAUCCGCCAAAUCAUUCAAAUCAACGGCACUAAUGUCAACGGGGUACUGUAA